AACCUACGCAAACUACAAAAGAUUCAUCAAAAAGAGUAAAAGACUAUACCUAUCUUCCAUUUUCUCCAAAAAGUUGAAGAAGAAAAAGAAGAAAAUGGCGGUAACCAAGAACAAGAAGACAUCAUUGACAUCUCUGUUUUUAGGAUGUUACAAGACAAAGAACGCGAGUAGAUACGAAGGAGAGGAGAAGGGCAAAGCAAUGAAAAUAAGAACAAGUCCGGCGAUCAAGAGGCUGUCGCUAUCAGACAUAAGUGAUCCAAGCUCGCCCAUGUCGGUCAUGGAUGAUCUCUCAAACUCCUUCACAUCUCAAAAGCUUCGUAUGUUCACCUUGUCUGAGCUGAGAGUGAUUACGCAUAAUUUCUCAAGAAGUAACAUGCUGGGAGAAGGAGGGUUUGGGCCGGUUUACAAAGGGUUCAUUGAUGAUAAGGUCAAACCGGGCUUAGAAGCCCAACCGGUUGCUGUUAAGGCACUUGAUCUCCAUGGUCACCAAGGCCAUAGAGAAUGGCUGGCGGAGAUACUCUUUUUGGGACAGCUAAGUAACAAAAAUCUUGUGAAGCUGAUAGGAUUUUGUUGUGAAGAAGAGCAAAGAGUACUUGUUUAUGAGUACAUGCCUCGAGGUAGCUUGGAGAAUCAGCUCUUUAGAAGAAAUAGUGUAGCAAUGUCAUGGGGAAUAAGGGUGAAGAUAGCCCUUGGAGCCGCUAAAGGCUUAGCUUUCCUCCAUGAAGCAGAGAAACCUGUCAUCUACCGAGACUUCAAAACCUCCAACAUAUUGUUAGACUGCAACUAUAACGCAAAAUUAUCUGAUUUCGGCCUAGCCAAAGAUGGCCCUGAAGGAGAACAUACACAUGUAACAACUCGAGUGAUGGGAACACAAGGUUAUGCUGCACCCGAAUAUAUCAUGACUGGUCACUUGACGACAAUGAAUGAUGUCUACAGUUUCGGAGUCGUUCUGUUGGAACUGAUAACAGGGAAACGGUCAGUGGACAAUACCCGGGCACGAAAAGAAAAAAGCCUCGUGGAAUGGGCGCGGCCAAUGUUGAGGGACCAAAGAAAGCUAGAUCGGAUAAUUGAUCCGAGGCUCGAAUGCCAGUACAAAAUUGAGGCAGCUCAGGCAGCAGCUGCCUUAGCCUUCAAGUGUCUAAGCCAAAAUCCCAAGUAUAGACCAACAAUGUCUGACGUAGUAAAGAUAUUGGAGUCUAUUCAAGAAGUUGAGACAAAGGAGCGUGAUAGUAACAACAAAGAAACAAAGAAGUUUGUGGGUAAAAGAAACAGUAGGCAUCAUCACCGUAAAGGCCAGAAAAGAGUGGAUAUCGCUUAUUCAGAUUCUCUCCUUUACAAGGAAUCCAGGGCAAAGCAGAACAGUGGGGUUUGAAAUAAAU